AAUUGCAUUCUACUCUUUAAAGGGACAGAAAUAAACUGUAAAGAUCAUAAACAAUCACAAUUCGAAAAAGACAAAAUAAGUUAUUUAAUGAGCUUUAUCGGUCUUUUUUGGAGGGAAAAGUUGAACUGUUCUUUAUUUCUCUAAGUUUUUCCAGCAGUCAAAACUAGUAUUAGUUAUCCUUAUAUAGCUCACACAUUUGCACAGUGAUUUUGUGUUUCCUCUUAAUAUAGUUAAAUGACCAAAUUGAAAGAUGCUUUCAACUAAGAGAAAGAGAGAGCAAGAGGAAACAAAGCAACCAGAAGUUGAAGCUCCCCCUAAAAUAAGUGCUGCAAUCGUUUUACCUAUCCGACAAACGGCCUCCAUUUUCAAGCAAUCGGUCACUGUCGUAAGAAAUCAGCUCUCCAAGGCUCACUCUGAAGUUGCUCAUGGACCUCAAGAAAAACCUAAACAGGUGUUCUGGGAGAAGCGUUUACAAGGUAUUUAUGCUUGUGAUAAGAAAGGAAAAGUAAUUGAGCCAUUUGAACUACCCUCAAAAAUUAAAGCUGUUGGUCUGCAGUUGGGUGAUGAGACCAUAUUAAGAAGCAUUGUGACUGCUUUACACAUAAAUGGGCAUGCUAUCACUGGACAAAACAAGCCAAAAGCACUUCUUGAUAAAAGUCCUGGAGUAUACAUUAAUCCCACCCAACCAUUGGUUCUGGGACUUCAUGUUACAGACGAAGACAUUGAUAUGCAGGAGCAAAAAGUUAUAGAGGCUAGGGAGCGGCUGAAAGAAGCUCUGACUGAAUAAAGAAUUCAUGGAGAAGUAAAUGCUACGUGACCACAGAAUUAAUUUUUUUAAACGCACAGAUUUCAAAUGUGUUGAAACUGAAGGAACAUCUUUUGUACUGAUUCAUGCUAUUUUAUUUAUUCAUAUGUAAAAAUAAUCAUACUUUUUGUAAAUAAAGCCUAUGCAAAUGUAGUGUAAAAACAA